AUGCAAAAAAAUUAUGGAAAAAAUGACGUUUUCCGUCAGGCUUUUCCACAUCCGAAUCCGUCGUUUUUUUACAACACGAAUCAUAUAAAACCGUUGCCGAAACCUCCACCGCUACUACCACCUUUACAUUUGUAUAAUAAAAUACCUUCAUACGGUUUUGGAUUUCCGUAUAAAAAUUUUGGAACUUUUAGAACGACUUUGGGACAAAAAUCAACGAAUCAAUUUAAAAAUACAAAUGGCGGAUUGUAUUUUUCGGCAACUCAUAAAACUCCGGUUCAGAUAAGUCAGGGACCGAAAUUUACACAAAAUUUAUUUAAUGCCCAAAAUGGUAAUAAAAUACCACACGGUACGAAAAUAACUCAAGAAAGUCAAACGGCUGUCGGAGGUCAAAUGGUUCACGGUACACAAUCGAGUAACGUUGUGCACAUACCCAAAGGAGUUCAAUCGAAUAAUGUCGGAGGUCAAAUAAAUCACGGUGUUCAGUCUGGCGGUGGUGGUGGAGGACAGAAUAAUCACGGUACACAAUCGGGUAAUGGAGGAGUUCAAUUAUCUCAAGGAUCUCAAUUGGUACCCGAAUUGCCACCGGUACCUCACGAAAUAAGAAUACCGCAUCCAACGCAAAUAACAAUUGAAUCUCCAGUACCAUUCGGUACUCAACUUUUACAUACUCAAAUUGCUCAUCAAGCUCAAUUGGCUCACGAAGCGGAAUUGGCUCACGCAGCACAAAUUAAUUUUCAUAAACAAAGAGUUAAUUCUCAAAUUAAUCAAUUGACUCCUUUGACGAAGGUACCAAAUCGGACUCCGUUAAAAACUUCGCUGACGAGUCAAUCUCAAUUCACUCCGACUUUUAACAGUUUUCAAAAAUCUCCUCCACCCUCUCCUUCUCCACCACCUCCACCUCCUCCUCAAUCACCAUCUUCAACUCCGUUCCAGCAUGUAUUUGCAGCCGAUGAUAAUAGUGGACCGAUUAAAGAAGUACCAGCUCCGAAUUUAGGACCUAAACCGACUCCAUCGUUUAGUGUCCACAAUCCUCAUCCACCUCAACAAUCUUACAGAAAUUCAAAUUUUAACGGAAAUAGUUUCAAAGGAGGAAACUCAAAUUUUAACGGAAACAGUUUCAAAGGAGGAAAUUUAAAUUUUAACGGAAAUAGUUUCAAAGGAGAAAAUUCGGGUUCCAGCGUGAUUCCAUACGUGAAAAGACCAAAACCCACGGGUGAUUUAAACGUUAAGCAAACGGAAAUAGUUGAAUUGAAAAAUUUUGAUCAGUCUGCAUCCCUCGACGUGACAAAUUUACUUAAACAUGCAACUGCUGAAGCGGAAACGAAAGGUAACGGUUAUCAAGUAACCGAAGCAACCAACGAUGUCGUCAUUAAUACCAAUGACGGUACAAAAUUGUAUUACGCACCGGAUCCGGAUCCAAGUUUACCCGUUCAUAAAGUACCACCUACUCUAGAUCCUCAAUCGACGCCGAGCAAUGGUCAAAACGCUCAACAAAAUAUAUACCUAACCCAAGGUUAUGCUUAUCUUCAAGGAGAACAACCGAGUACAACCUCCGGAACUGCUGUUGCCACGUUAACACCGAAUGAACUUUUACAAUUGAUGAACGGAUACCCGACCGUGCUGUCACAAUCUGUUUUAGCAUACGUCGAUCAACAGCAAGCCGUACAACAGCCUACCGCUCAAAGUUUAUACAUCCAACCCGAAAUUCAAAAUUCGAUUCAGACAACACAAGAUACGACAGAUUCGUCACAGGGUGCUGUCUACGGUCAAUUACAUGCCCUUUACCUACCGGAAAAUUUUUACCAAACCUACGCUCAAUCCCAACAGCAGCCCUACGUUUACAUCGGCGCUAACGCACUCGCUGCUGAUGAUACAAACGGUAUUUACAGUUCAAACAGUCCGGAUUACGAACCGGAAGCAUCGGAAUCAAGAAAAAGUCUCACCGUUAUAAGAUCAACAAACGAGGCCACACUUGCUGACGUUAAAGACUCAUCCGUCGAAGAACAAUCGAAACCGGAUAAAUUAAAAUUUAACAAUAACAACAACGAGGACGAUGAACUAGAAACGGCAGAAGACGAAAGUCGAGUUUAUCAUUUGAAAACCGUACCGGAAGUUCCGUUUUAUUCUUCAUUGCCUAGCGAACAAGCAGCUAAAACAUUAGCCGGACUUCAAGCAGCUGGAAGCGUGGCCAAUCAAUUUUUAAAUAAUGUCAAUAAUAAUAAUAAUUAUAAAAAAAAAGACGUGGUUUCAGAUGAUGUUAGCAGUUACGAACAAACGACGACGAGCCACGAUGACCUAGUCAAUGAUAAAAUUAUCGUUGGAUAA